ACAGACGCGAAUGCUCAGUUACUCUUCCAAAACCUUGUUCACAAAUAAAUAAAUAAAUAAAUAAUUAAACUCUUCCAAAACCCUGAAAUCUGAAAGCAAUCAUGGUUGCCAUAGGUACCCAGUGUUCAAGCUUCGUCUCCUCAUCCCGCUACUCCCUCCCCACAACUCCACCCUACCGCUCAUUUCCUCUCGUUAGGAUCGCCACGCCAAGAAUGGAAGCAUCUCGGCCCCAGGUCCAGGUCCAAGCCCAAGCCCAAGCCCAAGCCCAGGCCCAGCCCAAGCCCAAGGAGGCGAAGCUGUGGGGCGGCAGGUUCGAGGAGGGCGUAACCGACGUCGUGGAGCGCUUCACCGAGUCGAUCUCCUUCGACAAGGCGCUCUACAAGCACGACAUAAUGGGAAGCAGAGCGCACGCUUCAAUGCUCGCUCACCAGGGUUUGAUAAGCGCGAGCGACAGAGACUCCAUUCUCCAAGGUUUGGACGAAAUCGAGAGGCGCAUUGAGAACGGAGAGUUCAAUUGGAGAGCGGACAGAGAAGAUGUGCACAUGAACAUCGAGGCUGCGCUCACCGACCUGAUCGGCGAGCCUGCGAAGAAGCUUCACACUGCGCGCAGUAGGAACGAUCAGGUUUUGACUGACUUUCGCCUCUGGUGUCGCGACGCCAUUGAUAAGAUCCUCGUGAGCAUGAAGCAGCUUCAGGUGUCGCUGCUGACGCUGGCUUUGAACAAUGAGGGAGUCAUUGUUCCUGGUUACACUCACCUGCAGCGCGCGCAGCCGGUUUUGCUGCAGCAUCUUCUGUUGGCUUAUGUUGAGGAGAUUGAGCGUGAUGCUGGACGUUUGGUAGAUUGCAGAGCUAGGAUGAAUUUCUGCCCCUUGGGGGCUUGUGCCUUGGCUGGUACAGGGCUUCCCAUUGACCGAUUCAUGACUUCAGAAGCUUUAGGAUUUACGGCUCCCUUGAGAAAUAGUAUAGAUGCAGUUUCAGAUCGAGAUUUUGUACUGGAAUUUCUUUCUGUUAAUGCCAUCACAGCUGUUCAUCUCUCUCGACUUGGUGAAGAGUGGGUAUUGUGGGCUUCAGAGGAGUUUGGAUUUAUCACUCCAAGUGAUUCUGUUUCAACUGGGAGUAGUAUAAUGCCUCAGAAAAAGAAUCCAGAUCCAAUGGAACUUGUUCGCGGGAAGUCAGCCAGAGUCAUUGGGGAUCUGGUUACUCUUCUCACAUUGUGCAAAGGACUUCCUCAUGCUUACAACCGUGACUUACAGGAAGACAAAGAGCCAGUAUUUGACAGUGUUAAAACUAUUUUGGGGAUGCUUGAGGUAUCAGCAGAAUUUGCACUAAAAAUUACUUUCAACCGGGAAAGAAUACAAAAGGCAUUACCUGCAGGUCAUCUCGAUGCAACCACACUUGCUGAUUAUCUUGUCAAUAAGGGUGUGCCAUUUAGAACGUCCCAUGAUAUCGCUGGAAAAUCUGUUGCUUUAUGUACAUUGAAGAACUGCCAACUGCUGGACUUGAGUCUUGAUGAACUGAGAAGUAUAAAUCCAGUAUUUGAGGAGGAUGUGUAUGAAUAUCUUGGAGUAGAAAAUGCGAUCCAGAAAUUUGUCUCUUACGGCUCCACAGGGUCAGCAUGUGUUGCUAGCCAACUUGAUUAUUGGACGAAAAAACUUGAAAUGAAGUGAAGAUUGCCCUAAUUAUCAUGAAAUUUUCGUUGUGCUAGGGAAGCCAAUUCCUGAGACUUGGAAUAAUAGCUCGCUGGCUUGCCAAAGACCCUGCAACACGUUAUUCUGGAAUUAACCAAGAUGAUGCCUUUGAAUUGUGUAGAGCAUUAGAUGUUAUAUGCUAAUUAGUCAGGGUUACUUAAUAGGUAGUUCAGAAUCAAAUAUGCCAUGCCUUGGAAGUUAUGAGAUUCUAGCAUUUUACAUUAUCUGUUGGACUGUAAUUUCAGCAUGCCGAAUGAAUUUUGUGUGGCUUUUAAUGAAAUAAAGUUCAUAUUAAGCCACCUGACGGCAUGAGUUGAUUGGGGGGAAAAGUUAAAUGAUUAUCAAUAUCAUAAUCAGCAUAAUAUU